AUGUCUAAAUCAGAGUCUCCCAGAGAGCCCGAACAGCUGCGGAAGCUCUUCACCGGAGGACUGAGCUUUGAAACAACUUACGUGAGUCUGAGGAGCCAUUUUGAGCGAUGGGGGACGCUCACAGACUGUGUGGUGAUGAGGGGUCCAAACACCAAGCGCUCCAGAGGCUUCGGGUUUGUCGCAUACGCCGCGGUGGAGGAGGUGGAUGCGGCCAUGGAUGCAAGGCCACACAAGGUGGACGGAAGAGCUGUGGAACCGAAGAGGGCCGUGUCAAGAGAAGAUUCUCAAAGACCUGGGGCCCACUUAACUGUGAAAAAGACUUUUGUUGACAAGAUUGUCAUUCAGAAAUACCACACUGUGAAUCGCCACAGCUGUGAGGUGAGAAAAGCCCUGUCUAGGCAAGAGAUGGCUAGUGCUUCAUCCAGCCAGAGAGGUCGAAGUGGUUCUGGAAACUUUGGUGGCGGUCGUGGAGGCGGUUUUGGUGGGAAUGACAACUUUGGUCGUGGAGGAAACUUCAGUGGUCAAGGUGGCUUUGGUGGCAGCCGUGGUGGUGGCGGACAUGGUGGCAGUGGGGAUGGGUAUAAUGGAUUUGGUAAUGACGGAAGCAAUUUUGGAGGUGGCGGAAGCUACAAUGAUUUUGGCAAUUACAACAAUCAAUCUUCAAAUUUUGGACCCAUGAAAGGAGGAAACUUCGGAGGCAGAAGUUCUGGCCCCUAUGGUGGUGGAGGCCAAUACUUUGCCAAACCACGAAACCAAGGUGGCUGUGGUGGCUCCAGCAGCAGAAGUAGCUAUGGCAGGGGCAGAGGGUUUUAA